AUGGAGAAAAACAAGCAGCUGAAAGGGUCAUGGUUGGCAGAACAACUACUUGAUGUGUUUAAGGCUAGGCCUCAUCGGCCAGCUAAAGAGAUCAUUGAAACAGUUAGGAGAGCUUACAGGGUUAUCAUUAGGAAAGAGUUUGCUUACAAGGUAAAGUGGCAUGCUCACAAAAAGCUUCAUGGCUCCAUGAGAGAGCAUUAUGGGAAGGUUGGCAGGUAUCUUGAAGCCUUGAAAAGGUCCAGUCCAAACACACAGUUGGACUUAGUCACAUACAUGGACAAGAAUAAGCCACCACAGAUUUUUCAGAGGUUGUAUGUCUGUUUUGAGGGAUUGCAAAAAGGUUGGAUGGAGGGUUGCAGAAAAAUUAUAUGUGUUGAUGCUUGCUUUUUGAAGACAUUCCUAGGGGGACAGUUGAUGUCUGCUGUAGGCAGAGAUGGGAAUGAUCAGAUGUACCCAAUUGCUUGGGCAGUGGUGGAGGGUGAAAAUAAUACUUCCUGGGAGUGGUUUCUGAAUAACCUCAGCAAAAGCCUUCAGCUUGGUGAUGGUUCUGGAACUGUGAUUGUGUCAGAUGAGCAUCAGGCCAUUCUAAGAGGGAGCUGUGCAAAGUCAUAUAGUGAAGCUGACUAUAGAGAUGCACUUAAUAAGUUGGAGACAACUAAUGCUGCAGCUGCUGCUGCUGCAGGCUUCAAAAGUUACAACCCAAAUGUCUUCUGCAGGGCAUUUUUGAAAACUGAUGUGAAGGCAGAUGCCAUCACAUCUAACAUGGCUGAGACAUUUAAUGGGUAUAUCAUUAAUGCUAGGGCAAAACAUUUGCUUUAUAUGUUGGAGGAUAUAAGGGCAGCUUUAAUGAGGAGGUUGGUGAUUAAGAGGCAGGAAAUGGAAAAAUGGAAGAGUGUUUUAUGUCCAAGGAUUCAGAAGAAGCUAGAAUCAGAGAAAGAGGAAGCUGCUAAUUGUGAGGUCAUUCCUUCUUCACAGAGUGUGUUUCAAGUGAGCCAUAUCUUGGACACUAUGUCUGUGGACCUAGAAAAAAGAACUUGCACAUGCAGAAAAUGGGACAUGUGUGGGAUCCCAUGUUGCCAUGCAGUGGCUGCAAUUUUUUUCUGUCAUAAGAAGGCAGAAGAUUAUGUUGAUGAGUGUUAUAAGAAGGAGAUGUACUUGAAAGCAUAUGAGAAUUCAAUCCCUCCAAUUGAAGGUGAAAGGCAUUGGCCUCAAUCAGAGUUGAGUAUGGAUCCACCCCCCAUCAAAGUAGGACCAGGAAGGCCAAGGAAGAAUAGAAGAAAGGAUCCAUUUGAGGACCCUAAAAAGCCAGGAAAGUUGACCAAACAUGGCAUGGAAAUGACAUGCUCUGUGUGUCAACAAAAGGGCCAUAAUAAGAGAAGGUGCCCCAUCAGAGGAACUACUCUGCCACAAGCCCCACAAACCCCAGAUGAGCCUCCAGCAAAGAGAGCAAGGGGUAGGCCAAGGAAAGAGGUUGCAGCUUCCCAACCUAUGCACCCAUGCUCUUCUACUCAUCUAACAGCAACAACUGAACCUUCAAGAAUAGGAAGGGGAGGUAGAGUGAUCAGCAGGGGAGGCAACUCAGCUGGAAGGGGAACUGGCAGAGCUAGGGGAAGGGAUGCUCCAACUAGUAAGGGUGGGAGAACUGGUAGGGGAGGGGAAGCUUCAAGCAGUAUGGGAAGAGGUGUUACCACAACAACAGGAGGUAACAGAGGUGGUAGAGGAACAAGGGGUGGAAGAGGCAGAGGAAGAAAUCAGGUCCCCCAAGGUUUUGGUGUUUAUUUGACAUCAGAUGGCUCUACAUUCACUAAUCCACCAGGAAGUGCAGGACCUCAAGAUGUUUCAGCAUACACCACUACUUUCUCCUACAACUUCAGUCAGGGUUCCUCAAAUUAG